UUGGUCCUUGGGCUACCCCUUUGCCUGGGGAGGGAAGGGCUGAGUGUUCUGGCCUGGGCUGGGGUUCUCCAGGUGCAAGGGCUGGCCAUGGGCAUGGCCGGGCCGAUGGACAUUGCAUGUGCCACCCCUGGGCAGUGCAGACUUGGAGGCCAAGAGGUCCAAGAGGCAGGUGCCAGGGAACUUGCAGAGAGCCAGGCCCAGAUCUGAAGCAGAAGGCAACAAGACAGAGCAAGCAGGAGCAAGGAGGAUCAAGAGGACUGCUGCUGUUCAGGGGUCUACAAGACCACUCUCAGAUCCAGCAAUUUGCUAGAAGGACUCAGAAUUCAGCAACACUGUUAUACUCACAGUCACAGUUUAUUACAGCAAAAGGAUACAGGUGAAAAUCAGCAGUGGGAAAAGCACACAGGCGGAGUCCGGGGGAGUCCCAGUGUGGAUUUCCAACUGUCCUCUCCCAGUGGAGUCAGCGACGAUGUGUGGCAACUCGCACAAAUUACUAUCUGCCAGGGAAGCUCACCUGAGCCUUGGCGUUUAGUUUUCCCUGGGAGUUGGUCACGUGGGCACGGAACACCUGCAAGACUGACCUCAGUCUCCAGCCCCGCCGGUGGUCAACCUGAUACUGAGUGGCCCAAGGACCGCAGGGGGGCAGGAGUUGCCCAUUGGAGGGUUCUUUGUGACUUGGGUGAAACUGCUUGGAACAUGCCUUGUUGAGCAGUUGGAGAUGUCCACAGUCUUGCUCCUAUGAUUGGGUGGACAUCAUGGAAUCACUGAAAUCUACUACAAUUCUGCAAACCAGAAAGUCAAGAUGCCUUGCCUAGUUUCCAGAGCUGAGCCAGUUCUUAAACCCAGAACUCACAGACUAAAGGGAAGGCUAGGUUCCCAUGAAGAGGGACCCUGCAACACUCUUGGAAACUGUGACCUAUCGGAGUCCCGGUGCUUCUGUGUCUGGAUGGAAUAAACUUAGUGGAGAAGAAGCGGAUCAGAGCUGUGCAAAGCACUUCACAGUUUGCAACGUGCUUCCUGGUCCGUUUUUCAUCAGUUUCCGUGCCAGGGUUACGACAGACAGCAGGGCUGGGACUGUGAGUGUCAGUGAGGACGGGGGCUCCACGACACUCGGCAGCUGGUUCCAAGGGCACACAGCUAAGUCUGAGUCGGGACCCACACGCUGCGCUCCUGACUCCCGGUCUGAGACCCGUCUCCCUGUGAGCGUCAUCCCCUGGCCUAUGGCGAGCACAGCUGGGAAGCAGGCAGUGAGGCCGAUGCAAGAGGAUGGAUUGAGGAGAGAUGGGAAAGACUCCCCACACUGGACGCGUGACCUUCUUGUCCCAGCAAAAGAGAAGAGAGGAGAUUGGUCCCUAGCGAUGCCCUCCACCCCCCCACCCCCAGCGGAAGCCUCAGGGUCUAUGGGGGGAAAGAAGGCCUGGGGGAACCGAGUGCAGCCAGGAGUAGCCCCCUGCUCCCAGGGCCCACCUGGCACUCCGCUGCCUGUGCCCUCAUCCCCUCCUCCCCCUCCCUGAGCCAGGCCCCUCCAGCCAGCCCCCCUCCAGCCUGGCUUCACUGGAGUCCAACUCCAAAGCCUUAUCCCA